GUACGUAACUCCACCCCCGACUUCCAUUUCUGAAGUGAGGACACGGCGCUCUGAAGUGAAUCUUCGAUUUUAUGUAUAUUUCUUAAUGUAAAUAAACUGUAACGUUAGGCUCUCUGCUGAAAAUUCGAUACAGAAAACUGAAGUAGCCUGUGCAAUUGUAGUUGGAACCCGUUCGGACAGUGGCUAGAGUCGAAGCUGGCCUUUUAUUUCAGGUUUUAACUUUCCUAAGCGGCGUUUUCCGCCGUUUUUUUCUUUCGCCCCACUCACUCUCCAGCUGUGUGAGUAGGGGCCUGUAACGUUGCUUUAAGCCACGAGGCGCGUCGGAUAAGCCGGAAUUGGGAGAUGGCGGAGUUCGGUAACGGAAUGGACUCGGGGAUGACGGAGGAAUCCCUGCUGGACUCAGACCCAGGGCACCCAGAACUAGAAGACCCGGGUGUUGGCGAUGAGGAACCGGGAUUAGAGGAGGGAGAGGCCGCGAUCGAGGACCCGGAGCUGGAGGCGAUCAAAGCUCGGGUGCGAGAGAUGGAGGAGGAAGCGGAAAAGCUGAAGGAGUUGCAGAACGAAGUGGAGAAACAGAUGAAUCUUAGCCCUCCACCAGCCGGUCCCGUCAUCAUGUCCAUCGAGGAGAAAAUGGAAGCCGACGCAAGAUCUAUCUAUGUUGGAAACGUUGAUUACGGCGCCACGGCGGAGGAGCUAGAAGCUCACUUCCAUGGUUGCGGCUCAGUCAACAGAGUCACCAUCCUGUGUGACAAGUUCACAGGGCAUCCCAAAGGGUUUGCCUAUAUCGAGUUUUCAGACAAGGAGUCUGUGAGGACGGCCAUGGCAUUGGACGAGUCUCUGUUCAGAGGAAGGCAGAUUAAGGUAGGCGUGAAGAGAACAAACAGGCCAGGCAUCAGCACCACAGACCGCGGGUUUCCCCGUGCCCGCUUCCGCUCACGAGGAGGGAACUUCAACCCGUCGCGCGCACGCUACUACAGCGGCUACACACCGCCCAGAGGCAGAGGACGGGCCUUCAGGUUUCAGGACCAGUGGAGGCUGACAACCCCUCCUCCGGUGGCCGCGGCGCCCCCCAAUGUCUCGGCAGGGUCUCUCUCUCUCUCUGCUCCUGCUAUGCACACUCACCCCAUCCUGUCUGUGUGGGGGGGAGGGGGUCAGGGUGACCACAGGGCCACCGCAGGGGGCAUUUACUACAACAAGCGUUGAGCUGUCUUACACACACACACUAGGCCCACACACUUCGCAGACAAUACACAACCAACCGCCACACAUAUUUAUAGAGAGAGAGCUAAAGUCAAGAGGGCAGCAGCUGUUUUAGUUGGGAGAGUGAGAAAAAUGGGACCAGAGAAGGGGUGGGGGUUACCUGGCCCCGUCUCUGACAGUGCGCAGUGCAGCCACGGCUUGUCUGAGGACCAGGAGUGGGGCUAAAGUCAUUGAUUAAUUUAAAAAGAGGAGCAGAGCUUUUAUUUUAGGGGGGGGUUAGGGGGUGGGUUUGUGUGGAGAGGUUUGGUUUUUGGAAACGAGAGUGGGUAAAAAAAAAAAAGUUUUG